AUGCCAAAGUGGACCAUCGAAGAAGAGAUUGUUCUCCUAUACUACGCCUCACGUCAAGUCAAAUACGCUACAAUUGCUGACAUCCUUGCGAAAAAGUGCCAUCCCAAUGUCCGCACCGUGAAGCAAAUCACUCACAAAGCGGCGAGACUUCGAAAAUCAUGUGGUCAAAAGGAGGUUGUCCUGCGAGCUUGUUGGGCUGCGUCUGAUCGAGAAUGGGAUCGCAAGCUUGCAGAUCAAUGGCUUUUCAGCAGGAUGGAGAAGGCUAAGCUGGUGAAGUUGCUGGAGUUUGACGGUGAGACAGCGGCCAUAAUCGAUGAGAAGAAUGACAUUGACAACUUCGUGGACAUCAUGUUUCUCCAUGACGGAGAAACGGCGGAUCAGCCAGACCAGCCCGAGAAGCACGAAGCACGAACAGCACGACACAAUCUUUGA